UUGCGCACGAAACGACGCGCUCAACAACUGCUACGACCAUGGCGGACGAUGCGCUGGAGUUCACGGCCGAGGAGAGCGACUGGGUCUUCGAUUAUGUGUUGAAUCUGUUCCGCUCCCCUGCUUGGGAGCUGCCGGUCAUGUGCUUCAUCGACGACAAUUGUGCCAUCUUCGACACGAGCGAAGAGAACAAAUUUAUCUACACGGAGCUGCAUUCGCAAUUUCGCGAAGUAGUAGAGAACGUCCUAGGCUCGCAUCUAGCCGAGAUGGGGCUCACAGCCACGGACUUUGCAGCCAUCUGCGAGAAGCAGCGCGAAGCUGCGGGCGGCUCCGUCAGCGACGGUGUCAGUGCGGACGUGGUCAACCAGAUUCUGGCCAUGGACGACUUUAUGAGCUUCAAGAAGCUCAUGGUUAAGCGCAACCUCGAGCUCGAGCUGGAGGCUAUUAAAGAACUGCGCGAAGAGGCCACUGAAGACGAACAUGAUCUGGAGGCACAGUUUAUGGAGCUCAGUGUACUCUACAAGCAGGAGGAGAUGGAACAGGCCGAGUUGGAGGCAGCUCUUGCCAUGUCCAUGGUCGUACAGGGCGAGCAGCUCCGUCUUGCGUCGGUGGCGGCGAAAGUGGCUGAAGAUAAGCACGCGAGUGCCUCUGAUACAAGGCAGCUAUCGCCUGCAGAGGUACAGCAGCAGAUCCGAGAGAGUAAGAAGAAGGCGGAGGAGAUCUGCAAGAAGAACAAGGAAUCUCUCGAAGAGAACCGCACUAAACAGCGCGAAAUGCAACAAGCAGCAGAGAUCUCGGAGGUGGAGCUCAAACGCCGUGAAGAAUACUUGAAGAAGCAACGCGACCGCAUCAUUGAAAAGAAGAAACGCGAGCGUGAGGCUCAGUUGAAGGAAUACCAGCAGGAGCAGAAGGCGACAGCUCCUGAACCCCCUCCACAGCUUGUUGAAAAGCUCCAGAGCAACACGUCGGAAGAGGCCAAGAAGGCGGAAGAGGAGGAGCGCAGGAAUGCGCUGCGUAUUGCACUGGCACGACGUAUGAAGCAGGACUUACUGGAGUCUGCGAAUGCAGCGGCCUCUGAGCCGAGCACGGGCAGCUUUAAAGUGCACCAGGUGGUGGAGCUGGACGAGAAGCUGCAGCGUGUGGAGGAUCUCCGUCGACAGAGCCACGAGCGCGAGAACAAGGUCCAUGCCAAGCUGAGAGCUGGCGUACCCACAUGAACAUCCUUGGACGACUACUACUUCCUGUAGCAACACGAUAUCUUACCGACAACACAAAAAUAUGAAAGGUGCAUUUCUCCCUGUUGCAUUGUGAGAUCAUCAUAAACGACUGCUACCGCCAAGUUAAUCUGAUGCGGGGCCUUAAUUCGA